AUGUCAGGACCGAAAAUUGCUUGCAUCGGUAUUAUUGGAAAAGCUAAGGACAACCCUUUGCAUAUCUCGCUUUUCCCCCCUUAUUUGAAUUCUACUGUUGAAUUCUCGUUUCUAUUGAAUUCCUGUCUCGAUAUCUUUGAGAUUCGGCAAAAGCAAACUUCAGUCGAUCAAGAUCUAGGCCUCUUGCAUGCCGUCGAUGAAAAGCUAGCAGCAUAUGGUUGGCUAACAACUACUGGAGUAAAACUACUGGUCAUUGUUGAUUUGAUCGGACAACCGGUUCCAGGCAGCAUCGAGAAACAGAAAGGGUCUCCGAGGACUUGUUCCAAAGAUCCAGACCUGAAAUCGGUUUUCCGAGCCUUGCAGACAGCCUAUAUUCGGCUUUUUCAAAACCCAUUUUAUUCUCCAGAUGACCAUAUCCCUACAAUCAAAACUGCUGCCCCUGCCUCGACUUCUUUGCAAAUCACAGACCAUAAAUUCAUUGCGGAGGUCAAGCAUAUUGGUGAAACAUGGGGACUAGAUGCGACUAUACUUUGA